UUCACAUGGGUAGAUGCAUGUCCAAAGUCCAACAGCUAAAUACUUUAGAAAAUAAUGAUGAUCAAAUAAUUUUGAGUACUUUCUAGAGAUACUAUUUGAACAUUAAGAUUUUAAUUCCUUAAACAGAUUAGAUAUUGUAUUUUCUCACGAACUCGUCCAAUGCCGUAUCUGUUUUUCCAAACAGAAUAGCUUAAAAUUUCUGUGUAACUGUUUUUGGCGGUGACAUCCUCAACCAAGCAUUAGUUGAAUAGAAGAAAGCAGUAGGAAAUAUAUAGAGCUUAAAAGCCAACAACAGGUUACUGUCAGCGAUCUCUACUCAUACUACAUCUGUGCACAACUCCAUCGAAAGCCUUGGAAUCAGGAAAGAGACAGGUCAUGGAGAAGUUUUUUAAGCCUGUUCACAGCCCCUCUGCAACGGAUGAGAUAAAACUUCAGAAGAACCAUCAUCAUCAUCGUUUUCAACAACACCAAGACCAACAUUUGCACAGGUACGCAAAGAUUGACAACAAUGGCAGAAACACAGACGACAGCCAAGGUCACCAUCGCCACCACAGGCAAAGUCAUUAUCUCCAUGACAGUGGUCAUCACGAUGAGCACCAUCCUCAUCAGUUUCACCAAGGUGAAGACAACGGAAAACUUUACAACCACUACACCUCGGUUACUCUUUCCAGGGCUUCUUCUUCCUCUUCCCUCUCCUCCAGCUCUUCCUCCUCAUCCUACUCCUCCUGGUACACAGAGACAAGUGGAAAUGAUACUAUCUCUCUUCAACAUGUGGAGCGGCCCCAGCAUUCCCUGUCCUGUUCAAACAUCUCAGAUGUGCAAAGAAAUUUGAGGGAGGAUGACAGCAGGGGUCCCAUUGUGUUUGCUACGGUAGAACAUGACCCGACAGGCAAUGUUGGUAGCUGCUUACAUGAUGACACACAAAGGAGCAGAAGGCAUGGUUUCGCUGCCCUUAACCGAGGCCACAGUCGGAGUGAUGAAGGCUUCCUACAGUGCAAUGAAGGGGAUGUUGCAGGAAAAGAAUCCAAAGUAUCACACAUAAACUAUGGGCCUUUGUAUAAAACAACAAGUUUGAACCGAAGUUUGGCUUUCAGUGAGGAAAACAUUGUUUUAGGGGUGCCCAGGGGUCCUAAGAGGGCAGUUUCUUCCACCCAGUUACCCAGCAAAGGGAUACUCAAAAAGAAAGAGCAUCAUAAUGAUAUACGCAAGGCAAAGUCGAUGGAAGUGAUAUCCCCCAGAGUCACUAAAGGCGAAGGACAGAGUGGGCAAAAGGGAAAAGGGGUCACUCAAGUUGAGAUAGAGCAAGCUAGGGCAAAUUUUGUGGAGGGAAAGUUGCAGUUUUCAGCUUUUCUAGACGAGAUCACCAAACAGGUUAUGAGUCCGUCAGAUCUGAACACCUUUGGAGUGAAUUGUGACAAAACUACAGAAAAGAUGUCUGCCCAUGCUCCUACAUCUGGACCUGUCAAGCCCCAGCUUCCACCCAAGAAGCACAGAAGGGCCACAGAAGGUGAAACAGCACAACCUCCAAAGCAGGCCGGCAGACCGGUGAAAGCUUGCAACAGCUCUAGAAAACAGUCAGACUCCUCUAACCCUGAGAAACUGAUCUCAUAUUCAGCUAGGACCCAUCAAGGUAGCCCACCACCAUCUCAGCAUCCUCACCCUGGAAGCCUAAGCCAAAGAGAUAGGAUGUCUUCGCCUACUGGGGGCUCACUGCCUGGCGAGCGAUACAGCAGAUAUGGCCCCCUUUUAACAGAUGGAACCAGCACCAGUCCUGAACCCAGCCACCCCAAAAAGCGGCACCAUCGAAAACAGCAGGUCCACAAGCAACAUCCUCAUCCCCAGCACUUCCCUCAACAGAUGCACCAGGAGUCUGACCAGCGAAGGCCAAACAACUCUCCUCCUUCCUCAGUCCAGGGCGCAGGACCAGGUUUUGGAUCGGAAUCUUCCUCCAUAAAAUCGGACUCGUCGAGGGCCAGAGACACAGGCUCCACAGCUACCAGUCAGAGCUCAGAGCAGAGUGGGCGACACCAGUCACAGCACAUGGGGCACUCCAAACAGCACAGAGACAUGGUGUUCGACACCGAUCACCUUCAGGCUCUGCAGGAGGAAAACGCAGAUCUUCACCAGAACUUGCUGCAGACCGUGGUUUGUAUCGAAAGCCUGGAGGCGGAGUUGCAGAGGACCAGGGACGAGCUCUGUCAUGUUAAAGAGAAGUACAAAAGCCUUCUGCAGACACACACUGGGACCAAGCAAACUAAUAACAUCUUGGGGGAACACCUGCAUAUAGCGUCGGAGAGCCUGAGCAGUGAAAGGAAAUACCUAAUGAAUCGAGUGUCACAGCUGGGAUCAGAGCUGGAGGAGGCCAACAGGACAAUUGCAGCUCUUGAGAGCAUUAAUGUUCCAUGCUUGAUAAAAGAGCUCCUGGAGAAGCACUUUGAUUCACCUGAGGCCAUCCAAACCUUUCUGACAACCUCUCUACCGACCACCAAGUCUUAUCCUCCUAAAGUGGAGGGAGCAGGAUAUGACUGGAUGACCGAAUCCGAGGCAGGUUCACAGAGGGUCACCGCCUUCCUGCCAGUAAAACAAAAUGUGCCAACGAAAAAAAACGAGGGCAGUCUUUUGGGCCACAGUGAGUUGAGCCAGAGCCCACCCUUCUCUGUGGAUGACAUCAGCACUGCCAUCUACAAAAAAAUGGCUGCUAGUUUUGCUUCCAGACCACAGCCUGUUUACCCCCAGAGCCAGCAGUCAUCUUCCCAGGUCACUAACUAUAUAAAGAACCCCCCAGACCCUCAGCAGGCCCAUGUGGGUGCUGACAGCUGGGCAGGGAGGGGAGGGUUAAAGGUGUUGCUUUUGGAGCAGGAAGCUGGGGACGUGAACUCCAUGUCAGCCCAGCAGAUCCUGGAUGAUUUCAUGCAGCAUCUGCAGACACACAAGGAGGGAGGCGGAGGGAAGGAGCAGCAGAGUGGGCAGGAGUGGGCGAGUGGGGUAGAGCAGACAGGCAAAGUGGCAGACUGAAAUUACAAUCCAAACACAUAUGUAUUCAUCCAUCUGUCUCCUGAAAAUCCGUCUGCUACAAACACUGUUUAAAGAUGACGUAGCUGAGAAAUUCAUUGUUUUUUUUCUCUUCUUUGAUGAAUAUUUAUCUGCAGCCUUUAUGUAGUUAUCGAUUUAGAAACAUUAAACUCUAUAUGAAUAUUGUUGAAACCUGAAAAUUGCCCAAAUGAGAUUCACUUUUUGAUUUUUUUCCACAAAAAGUAGAUCACCCCUUUCCAGGAAUUGCUUCGAUAAAAUGGCAAUGAGAACAAGUCAGUGAAAGAAUAUAAGAAGAAAAAUACCAUUUAACAUAGUUAACAUUCCGCAAAGGUUUAUUUAGAAAAUAUUGCAUUAUUUAUUAUCACUUAUAUGUUAUUAAUAUGUCUAAUAAUGUGGCUUCUGUUUCAGCUAUUGCUCUUAAUUAAAGAAAAAUAAUAAAAAAAUGACCUUAUUCAGGUAUAGAAACAUAAUUAGACAAAGGUUUUCAGUUUUUUCCAUUGCUGACCACCAUGUUCAUCUUAAAUAUGAAAGAAUGCUCCGAAAUACAAGGUGUCAAAAGAGGAGUGGGGUCUUAUUGAAAUGUAUUUACUGUAAGUUUGCACGAAGCAGCAUUCUUUUGAAAGGUCAUGGCCAAUAUUUCCAAAUAAUUUAUUUAUUUAUUGUUGGUUUUCAAACAUUUUAUCCAGAAAAAAUCAUUCUCCUUCUAACUUAUUCAGGAAAAAAAUGUGUAAUUUUUCUACUCCAGCUUUGGGGAAGAAUAAAUUUCACUUCAGAGAGCAAAUUGGUACCUGAUGAUUCACCAAGAUGGUGCUAUUUGUCAACAAGUUCUCUUUUGUGUUAUAUUUUGCAUUGUAAUAAAUGUAAUUGGAAGUUUUCUGUGCAUGUUGUGGCCUGUGUAAAUAUGAAUGGAUUCUGUAUGUUUCUGUGUGAUGCAUCAAAUACUGUGAUCCUAUUUUUUUUAGAAAGUAUCUUAGUUGGCCAAAAUGUACAAUUAACAAAGACGUGAGGUGUUGUGACGCAUUGUAAUUAUGUCAAAUAAAUUGAAAGCAAUCUCAAGUUAGCUAAUUGUAUUGGCUCUCUUAGGCCUAUUGUUUCUUUAGAGUUUUCUCAGUAUACUGGUGUCUGUACUUGUACAGUUCUUUUACUAGCAGUGACAAUUAUGUUGUAUGACUCCAAAUACAGACAGAAUGAAUCUG